AUGUCUGUGGUCAGUGCAAGUGUGUGUGUUUCUUCCGUCAAUGUCACCGUCCCACCAAACCCAGCUCCCUGGGACCUGAACAGUGCGGGCGCUUCCCGGCGAGGGGGCGGGGUCACGGGCGGGCCCGGGUACCGGCUUCCGGCGGAAGAGCCGGGGAGCAAGAUGGCUGCCCACCGGAAGGGUGCUCAGCUUGGGAUAUCAGUUCAGAAGGCACUUGGUGUCUUUGCAGGUGGGCUGUCAGAGGAGGUGGAUGACAAAGAUUUUCAUGCUGCUUUUAUUCCUUUUGGAGACAUCACAGAUAUUCAGAUUCCACUGGAUUAUGAAACAGGUAAAAAGCACCGAGUAUUUGCUUUUGUUGAAUCCGAGUUGGCAGAGGAUGCCGAAGUAGCUAUCAACAACGUGAAUGAAUCUGAACUCUCUGGGCAGACAGUCGGUGUCAGUUUGGCCAAACCAGUGAGAAUUAAGGAAGGCUUGUCCAGACCAGUUUGGUCAGGUGAUGACUGGUUGAAAAAGUUUUCUAGGAAGACUCUUGAAGAGAAUAAAGAGGAAGAAGUGCCAGAGCCUCCCGAAGUGGAAACCCAGGAGGGAGAGCCCGCUGUUAAAAAGGCCCGGUCAAACCCUCAGGUGUACAUGGACAUCAAGAUCGGGAACAAGCCAGCCGGCCGCAUCCAGGUGCUCCUGCGUUCAGACGUUGUUCUCAUGACUGCAGAGAAUUUCCGCCGCCUGUGCACCCACGAGAAGGGCUUUGGGUUCAAGGGCAGCAGCUUCCACCGCAUCAUCCCCCAGUUCAUGUGCCAGAGUGGCAAUUUCACCAACCACAAUGGCACCGGGGGCAAGUCCAUCUACGGGAAGAAGUUUGACGAUGAAAACUUUAUCCUCACAUACACGGGACCAGGCCUGCUCUCCAUGGCCAACUCCGGCCCAAAUACCAACGACUCCCAGUUCUUCCUGACGCGUGACAAGACGGAUUGGCUGGAUGGCAAGCACGAGGUGUUCGGGGAGGUCACGGAAGCCCUGGACGUCUUGCAGCAGAUUGAGGCCCAGGGCAGCAAGGACGGGAAGCCCAAGCAGAAGGUGAUCAUCUCUGACUGUGGGGAGUACGUGUGAGAGGCGGAGCUGUCAGCCCGGGAACCGGCACCUGAGGUGUCCCGUUUGCCACAAGCGGGGCUUUGUGUCCUGGCCCUUCCUCGGGAUCAGCGUGGGGGCAGCUCCUCUGCAGGCACAGCCUAGGCCUCCUCCGGCUCUUCCCCAGGUGUGGCUGUGGGCCCACCUGCCGCCUCCCCACCUUGGACGGCUGUGCGUGGCCUCUCCUGGGCCCAGUGUGUGGAUCCUGGAUGCGUCUUCUGGUAAAAGGAACCCUAGUUCUCGCACUGCUGCCCUGCAGCCGGGUCCCAGGUGUUUUCAGAGGUUGCAGCUGUGACUGACCUGUCCUGCUGCAACAGAUGGCAGACUCUAGCACCUCCCACGCUGCUUCCCUCCCCUCCAGGCUGGCCCUGAAGGCACACCCUUGUCAGACCCCUGCAGGGCAGCAGAGGGCAAGCUGCUGCAGAAGUGCCUCUGUCUUCUCUCUCUCCCCUGCUGCCAGGCAGGCGAGGUGGGUGAGCCAGGCUCCGUUCCUGCCCUCGCACGUGCUGGACGUGAGUCUGACAGGCACCGUAGUCAGUUUCAGCGACUGGUUCACCCAUUGUUCAUUUGUUGAACCAACAGUCAAUUGUAUUACGGCAGGGUCCAGGGCCCUUCUUCUGCCAGGCCCUGUGCUUGGUGCUGGGGAGACAUAAGAAGCCCGAGGUGGUCCCUGCCCCGCCCUAGUCCCACCUGGAAAUUGAACUCUGGUGCCACAAACUCAGCUUUGUCGCCUGCUCUAGCCUGGCCUCUCACCCGACACCAGUCUUUGGCCAGCCCGGCCGCCUCACAGCAACUGGCAUGUGCUGAGUCUGGGCCCCAUCAGGCACCGGGGACCUCUUCCAGGGCUGGCCCCUGCUCCCCUGCCGCCUGCCGGCGGCUGUCUGCAUCAAAUCUCAGCAUUCAGAAACAGCUGGGCUGGGCUGGUUCUCUCAGCCUGUGUUCUCAUUGUGGGUUGAGUCGAGGGUGGGGGGGGGUGGCAGGUAGGACAGCCUGCUGGCCCCUGACCCCAGUACCCCCAGGCCAGUUCCUGCAGAGGGAUGGAUGCCAGCCUGGCUCUCUGCCUUCAGGUGGGGCUUCGUCCCCUUUGGCUGGCUGGGGCCGGCUCCCCUGGCUGGGAUUCACUGCUGCAGUGUUCCUGGCUGGGGCCCUCACUACGAAACAGAGGUGUCCCUCUCACUGGUGGUCAGCUGUGGCUGUCAGAACAGGCAGCAGUGAGGCCAGGAGAAUGCCAGCCACUCGGGGCUGGUGUGAUGUCCAGAGACAGGGAUGGGUGUGACGUUCUCAGACUCAGCAUGGCUGGCCCUGAGGAUG